CCCAUAUAAAAAUGAAUGGGGAGGUGCAGGGUAUCAUUUGUAGAAGGAUCAGAGGAGAGAGGACACAUGAUCUCUCCGCUUACAUCAUUGUCUUUAGUUUCCUUCUGCAUAUUCCAGUGUAAUGCUUAUCCACAACAGCUUCAGAGUCUUUUCCCUGGACAAACAAUAAAAUCUCAAGAGAAGGUUUUAAAUCAGGAACCUGUCAUCAAAAAAGAGGAAGUAUUAAGCAAACAACCUGUAAGCAGCAUUGAAGAAGUUGUGAAUAAGCAAGAGGUGACAAAAAUGGAUGAGGUACUCAGUAAAAAACCAAUAACCAAGCUCCAAGAGAUUCUGAAGAUGAAUGAAUUAAAGAGUGCGCAAGAGGUAACUGCCCAAGAAGUGACUGCACAAGAGGUUGUGGCAACUCCAUUGUCCAGCGUACAAGAGCUCAAGAGUGUUCAAGAAGUGAUCAGCAAGGAACUUGUUCCUGAUGCAAUUGCCAAAGAAUUUAUUGAAAAAUAUCUUAAAACCAAGUCAUCUGAUUAUGCAGACAUCGGGGAGCCAGCGGCAGCAGAACCUUUGACAAGAGGCUACGCACCAGCUGCAGCAGCCCCCGUGGCCCCCGUAGCCCCCGCAGCCCCCGUAGCCCCCGCAGCCCCAGCGGCACCAGCAGCACCAGGCGCAGCUUCUACCGAAGACGCAAAAGCUAAGAUUUCUGAGCUGAGCAAAAAGAUAGAAGUCUUGGACAAACAACUUCUUGAUAAGGUUGGAGAGAUCAGAAGUCUGGAGGAAGUUAUCAGUAAAUUGGAAAUACAGAAGAUGGAAGAGAUUGUAAGAAUGGAGGAGGUGAAAACAAUGGAGGAAAUUAGGAGAAUUGAAGAGGUUAAGAUGAUGGAGGAGGUGAAGAAGAUGGAGGAGGUUAAGAGAAUGGAGGAGGUGAAGAAGAUGGAGGAGGUGAAGUCAAUGAAACCCGUGAGCAAGAUAGAAGAAGUUAAGCAUAUCUAUGCUCUAACUGACGAGCAGGCAAAUAUCUUGAGAGAGAUGAUGAAACCUAAAGCUAAAGGAAGAGGAUACUCUCGAUAAUCAAUGAAAUCAUGAUAAUUGUCCUCAUUGUAAAAAGUUUAAAUUUGUUCCACUGCGCUUACUUAGUAUUUACUCCUGAAAUGGUCAACUUGAUAAUAAAUAGAUUUACUGUA